AUGGUGAUUUUGUCAAUUAGUGGUCUUGCCAUUUUCGCAGGCUUGAGUCUUGCUACUUCAGCUGUACCUUCUCUCCAGAAGAAUGGCACCACCUGCACCGUUAUCCCUUUAGGAAACGGGCAGGAUGACGUCCCCAACAUCCUUUCGGCAGUUUACCAAUGUGGUCAGACCUCUGGAGGAAGAAUCGUCCUCCCCGCGCCGUAUACCUACCGAAUUAACCAGCGGAUGACGACUCACCUGACUGAUUCUCGACUUGAGAUCGGUGGCACGCUUCUCUUCAGCGAUAAUAUCGAUUACUGGGUGAACAACUCCUAUCGGGUGGACUUUCAGAACCAAUCAAGUGCCUGGCGUAUCACAGGCCAUGACUAUGUUGUGGAUGGAGGUCCUCAUCAAGGUGGAGUUGAUGGGAAUGGGCAGCUGUGGUACACUUGGGCCAAGGGAGGUAGCAAUGUCUUUGGACGACCGAUGCCAGUGCAUGUGUUCCAAUCGACGCGAGCAACUCUUCGUAACCUAGCGAUCCGACAGCCCCAGUUCUGGGCCGUUCUUGUCGAUUCCUCUUCGCAUAUCAACCUUGAUAAUUUUUACGUUAAUGCCACAAACCAUGACUUCUCGGUGAGCCCAGAGGGCGAGUGGGUGCAGAAUACGGACGGGAUCGAUACGUACCGGUCCGACCAUAUUACCAUCACCAACUGGAUAUACCAAGGCGGAGACGAUGCAGUGGCUUUCAAGGGGAACUCUACGAACAUCCAUGUGGAGAAUGUCACGGUUUACGGCGGGCCGGGUAUCGCUUUUGGUUCGCUGGGACAAUACCCCGACCGGACGGAUAUUGUGGAGAAUGUGACGGUUCGGAAUGUUCAAGUACAACCGUCCUUUCAAAGGGCGAUGAAUUCCGGGGUCUACUUCAAAAGCUGGAUUGGGGUCAACUAUGGCGUUCCUCCAAAUGGUGGUGGAGGCGGCCAUGGAUACGUGCGCAACGUGACAGUCGAGAACCUUCGACUGAAGGAUGUCCAAUUACCUGUGUAUAUUGACACCUGUCUGAGCUACCUCUUCAGCGAAAACAUCACGCAGUACUGUGACACGUCGACGUAUGAGUUCAAUGAUCUACAUUUCAAGAAUAUUAGUGGAAAUGGACUCGCAACGGUGACAGAUUAUCCGGGGAAGAACAUCAGCUUCGCCGUGUCUUUGCUUUGUUCUGAAAAGGCACCGUGUACGGACCUCACUUUCCGGGACAUCAACAUCAAGCUUCCCGCGAACUAUACUGGAGAAGAUGUACUGUGCGAGAAUGCAGAGGUGCAGGGACUCCGAUGCAAUUCAUGA